UGUGCUUGACUGGCAUAUAGAUAGAGCUUUGACCAUCAUAAUAUUUAUAGACCUAUUAUUAGCGUCCAGUCCAAGUUUUCAAAUUUUUAUUGAAAUGGAUCACCCAACACAGAAACAAAUAAAAUUCCUUAAUCAAAAGCUGCAGGUUUUAGAUGAGGAGAAAUGUCUGUUACAGAGGAGAAUCGAAGACUAUGUUACACAAGUUAAACAAGAUACAAUGUUGUGGAUAGAAGGCCACCAUGAAAAAGAUUUAUCACUUAUUCGAAGCAUGAUUGACACAGCUACAGUCAAGUUAGUGGACACCUAUGAUGUGUUUGCUGUUGAUAUAGGUCAUGCUUCCGCACAGUUCGCCGAAGAAGAUCAUACUAUACCAUCUGAUCUUCCAAAGACUGGCAUACCUAUAUCAAAUAAUGAGACCAAAGGUAAAGCAAUAUAA